UGUUUCCGUGAGUGAAUUUUGGAAGUCUUUCCGGAAUCAAAUAACUACCUCGGCAAUCAGUGAAAGAACUUGUACCGACUAAAUCGUGAUCUGGCAUAAUGCGACGAUGCGCAAUACAACUACAUGGGCAAUCACUGUUGACACCUGGGCUCCAGCUGCAUGCCUUGAAGAUUCGAUUAUCAGACUGGCUCGGUUUAUUGACUGUUGGGGGAUACUCUCAUUUACAGUGAUAACUCUUUUCGCUGGUUGCGGCAUUUUGAGAUAGCUAUCUGCAGGCAUGACCUCGUAUUGUACAUGGCAGACUAUCUUAGAGCCCGGUUAAUCCGAAGCGGUAGCCAAUGGGGCCGAAUCGACCCCAUUCGUUGUCUCUGGCAAUACAUACUGCAUGCCAAGGCGUUGAACCCCGAUUUCUGGGUCACAAGCUGUGAUAGAUAAGGUAGGUCGUAGUUUACUUCCCAGUUCAACAGCUAUCUCACCCUCACCAAUCCACAGAUCUCCUACUACACGAUGGCGUUCUCUCUGUGUAUAGUGUUCUAAUACUCUGCAAAGUCUGGCCGUUUCAGACCAUAAAAUGCCGGGUAUUCGUACGACCGAGGGGCUCAAUGCAAUCGCAUGGACUUUCACUGUCGCUGCCGUGAUUAUGACCCUUGGAAGGUUCGCUAUACACUGGCGUAAGAACAAGCGCUUGAGUUGGGACGACCAUUUCAACGGGAUUGCUUUGAUCUUCCUCGUCGGCUACGUCAUGACAUACCAGAUUUGCAUGUCGAUAUACGAGAAUGGAAUUACGGACCCGGUUCUCCUGUUAAGGGCGAACAUUGCAAAUACCGUACUCUUCUUCACUACAAUAUACGCAGUGAAAGCUAGUUUUCUUGCUCUUUACUGGAAAAUCUUCGAACUAUCCAGAGGUUUUCGGGUCGCUUGGAUCCUGGUUUCCAUUUUCACGUUUACCAGUUUUUUGGCAACGUUUCUUUCGAUGUUCUGGCAAUGUGGUUCCCCGAAGUACUUUGAUGAUACAGAACGAUGCAAAUCGGCUGUUCCCAUAAAGGAUCCGCCAGUCAUCUUAAUGUGGUGUUCUCUUCAUAUUGUUGGGGAUUUGCUACUUAUGAUCAUACCACUCGCCUUACUGAGCAAAAUGCUCAUGCCCAUUCGCCAAAAAAUUGGUGUAGCGAUGAUCUUCUGUCUUGUGCUCAUCACAAUCGUAUUAGAUAUACUGCGGACCGUAUUCACCUUACUGGAUACCCCGAACACACUGUGGGCUUUGCUGGAGCCUACGAUUGCGGUCAUAAUCGCUGCAUUGCCAAGCUACGGAAGUCUGCUCACGUCGACAUCUAAACAGCAGCCAUUCAGUUCUUUUUUGAAUACCCCGCAACAAACUUCUGCUGGAGAUUUAGAGUCGCCGAGAGUCGCUUACAAUCUCGAAAUGCCGUAUAUUAGUACGAGGGGUCCUAAACACGGAUGA